AUGAGGCUCUUCCGAAAAUCUGAACCAUCACGAGAAAGCGUUCAUGACUCUGGACUUUCCAUCACUUCUCCUAAGUCUCCACCCAGCUCACCAGGUGGUCGUGAAGUCACUUCGCCCAUCUCUCCGUACAGUGCUUCCACCAUUUUAGGACCACAUUCGGGUAGUAGUUCGUUGAGCGUGACACAAGCAUCCCAAUCCUCUAGAUCAAUGCCUACAACACCUUUGGGUAUGUUUCCUCUGAAUGGAGAUCUGUCAUCGCUCAGCUUGGGAGAAAAGAGUAAUUCCUCUAAAUCAGCUCCUAUUGACGAAAAGCUCCUUAAACAAGUUGUGAUUGACAAUAUGAAGCGAUUUACCAUAGUUUUUGACACGUUUAUCGAAAAAGGAGGAGACAAUGUGGAAAGCUUUAGAGAUUUCUUAAAAAUUGAAAGAAAUGAUGCACCACUCGAGUUUGUUGAAAUUGUAGAGUCUUUUAAACAAGUGACGGAUGCCACCAAGAAAUAUGAAAUGGCAAAGACCAUGAUAGCAACCUAUAUUGACGAUUCGCUGACGAGUGACAAACAAUUGAAUCUUCCUAAUAUGAUACAAGAUGAGACACUCAAAAAGUUCGAAGAGGAGUGCUCAGAUUCAUUAACACCAAGUAAUUUGUUCGAUAGAGCACUCACUGAAGUUUAUAUAUCUCUAAAGACUGACAGUUUCUUGCGAUAUACAAAUAGUCCACAAUUUAUUCAGCAUAUUUGUGGUCAUGUACAGAAAGAAAUCCCACAUGUGAUAGGUUCAACAAACAUUGAGGCCUUGAAAAAGUGUCUGGUCCUUUAUUUUUCUGAUAUUGGCUUCAGAAACAAUCGUAGAUCAAGAGUUCAUUCUUUAAGCAUGACCUCUUCAUUUUCACUUCCAACCACUGCGUAUUCCAAAUCUGCGAGUACACUUUUCCUAGCCGCUGAUGAAGCAGUAGCUGAAACAAUGUCACAAUCUAGUGAUGACAAAGACGAACCUGUCUUUAUUAAGGAAAGAUUUUCAGAAUUUCUCAAAGAGCAAGAACACAAGUUCAUUAACGAGAGAUUCUUCGAUUUAUUUUACGAUCUAACAGCACAAGAUGACAUGUUUGAUCUGAUGGUCGAGCAUGAAGCACUCAAGUGUUAUACAAGCAAGGAAAAGUUUUCAUCUCCCCUUUUGACUCAAGAUCAGCCUGAUGAAUCCACUGACAAACUUGGUGAUACUGGUAGUGUCAGUAAUUUUGGACUUUCAGAAUUGAGGUCAGACUCUAAGAGCGCAUCCAUCCUAAAUGGACAAGCCUUUUCCAAAAUGCUGAAUUACAAAUUCUCUCAAAAACAACUCAAAAAAGGUGCAAGUUUAUCCGAAACAAAAGGUCUUCCACUUCUCAAGAAUGUAGGAAUUGUAAAUGCAACUUCGAAAGAAGUGUUAAACGCCAUGUUAGACUCUAGAUACAGUAACAUUUUAGAUCCAAACCUCAAAGACACAAAGUUCAAGGAGUAUAUUGAAUCCAAAGACAACACAACGUUGAGAUUUUCAGAAGAUUUAUCCCCUCAGUUGAGUGGUGAUUAUUCAGUGUGUUACCAUCGUUGCACAAUGAAAAUGCCAUGGCCUCUUUCAAAACGAGAAUUUUUAAUGGGUACUUCAGUGAGAAGAGAGUUGAACGAUGAUGGAACAAUGAGUGAUGAUUAUGUCAUUGUGAGAAAGAGUAUCUGUCCAAAGCAAGUGCCAGUCGAAAAGGGAAGCGUUCGAGGCCUUAUUGUGGGAGGAACGUUAAUCGAACAGAUCAGUUCCAAUACCACUCGAUAUACCUCCAUAUACUUUACAGAUUUCGGAGGAAAGAUCCCAAAGUCUUUCCGAAAGAAAAUUCAGACCUCACAAAGCACAUCCUUUCAUGCUGGGCUCAUUAAGGUUAUUGAAACAAGGAGAAAAUCGAAUGAGAACGACUUGACAGCAGACCUCUCUUUACACACUACAGAUACGCUAGAAGAUUAUUUACAAAAAGUACGGCUGAUUGUGUCACCUCAGCAACCAAACAAGUGA